CGGGGCCGCGGCCUCAAAGACCGACCACGACCAGUCGACCACCACCACCACCACGUCCUCUCCCCUUCUCCGGUUGCCUCUCCGGCCUCGCCUCCUCCCCCCGCUGCCCCGGCCUAGGCACGUCGCGCGACGGGCUCCGUCGCUCGCGGGGGCGCGAUCAUGGCAGCGGCGGAGGUGUACUCGCCGGCCGCGGCGGCGGCGGCGCAGCAGCAGCAGCGGGGGAAGGUGGCGGCGCAGGCGUGGCAGGCGGUGGUGGGGUGGAUCGGGUUCCUCCUCCAGGUCCUGCUCCAGAUCCUCCGCGGCACCCCCUCCUGCGCCCAGCUCCUCUCCUUCGUCGGCUUCCGCUACCCGCUCCUCUCCGGGCCGGCGGACUCCGAGCAGUCGCCGUCGGUGGCCUUCAUGCCACUCCGCUCCGAGAUCCCGGUGGACGCGGCCCCUGCUCCGACGCCUCCACCCGAGUCCCUGCAGCGCCUCAUGGUGGUGCUUGAUUUGGAUGAGACUUUAGUUUCUGCAUAUGAAUCGUCCAGUCUUCCUGCUAUUGUACGCACCCAAGCUGUUGAAGCUGGACUACAUUGCUUUGACAUGGAGUGCAUAUCCACUGAGAAGGAUGUUGAAGGGAGACAGAAGGUUAAUCAUGUCACCGUUUUUGAACGUCCUGGUUUGCACGAAUUCUUGCAGAAAACUAGUGAUUUUGCAGAUCUUAUUCUCUUUACAGCAGGUUUGGAAGGUUAUGCAAGACCUCUAGUUGACAGAAUAGAUGUCCACAACAUAUUCAAACUCCGUCUAUAUCGUCCAUCAACUGUUACUACGGAGUACAGAGAACACGUCAAAGAUCUUUCUUGUGUGUCGAAAGAUUUCUGUAGAGUUGUCAUUGUUGAUAACAAUCCAUUCAGUUUCAUAUUGCAACCAUUGAAUGGAAUACCCUGUGUUCCGUUUUCAGCCGGACAACAUAACGAUGAUCAGCUCAUGGAAGUUAUAUUUCCACUUCUGAAGCAUCUGUCUCUCCAGAGAGAUGUUAGACCAGCGUUAUAUGAAAGGUUUCAUAUGCCAGAAUGGUUCCAAAAACAUGGCAUCCCCCAAACUGACCAGACAGUAUAAUUUUUGCAGCCGCCAUAUGUAAUUGUUUUGAUGAAGGCUCCAAGGCCUCCCAUGCCAUAAGUCCCUUGUUAGGGGAUAGCACCUGUACAUUAUUAUUUAUAUUCGUUUAGGUUUCCCGAAUCCUGAUAAAAUCAAGUCAAUGUUCGUACAGAUUUGCCACGUCUGAAGAUAAAGGGAUUGUAAUCUAGCAGAAUGUUAGAUUUUAAUGUGUAGUGGGUCAUUUAAAACGUCAGUUGCUGUAUAGCACCAUCUGUUUGUAAAAUUUCAUUGUUGAUAGCACAGAUAGUCUUAAUGGUUAUGAUGCCAAACACUCUGCUUGAUCGUUCA